AUGGUGCUUAAGUUUAAAGAAAAUCUGACUGCUGAAAUAAGACGAAUUUCUGAAGAACUAAAGGAAGUGCAAUACAUUGAUAAAGUCGCUAAGAAACUGGCUGUCGGUUUAACUGAUGAAAUAAGACGAGUUUCUGGUGAAAGUGUAAAAGAGAGAGUGCAAACAAUAGAUAAUGUUGUGAAGAAUAUGAACACCAGUAUAACUGCUGAAAUAAGACGAAUUUCUGAGAAAGUGAAAAACAUAGAAAAUGUUGUUGAAAAGCUGCAAGUCAGUAUGACUGCUGAAAUACCAUGCAUUUGUGAGGAAAGGAUAGCAGAAAAAGAAUCACGUCGAAGAGACGAUCGUGCUUUGUCUAUGUGUAUUGGUAUUACCGCUAUAAGCACUCAUAUCAAAUCUGUAAGAAGAGUUUGCGGUACCGGAGAAUCAUGUGAUAACAUUAAGUUUGAAAUGUUUCAAUGCUUUGCAUUUAUAUCACCGAAGUGAAAAAGAGACAUCUCCAAUGGCGUAUUUGUAUGGUACCGGUGGAUGUCCCGGCAAAUUUUGUGGACCAAACUACUGCUGCUGCCACAAGUAAUAUCCAGAUAUGUCAGUCGGAAUUAAAUUCGUAAAUCACAAUGUAAAAACCAUUUGAGAUAACAGCAAAUGUCAAUAUGAACAGAUAUUUAAUAAAGAGGUUAAAAGUAAACUGAAUCAUGGA